AUUGUGAAGCCUCAGUCAGGCUGACAUCUUGACUGGAACCUCACUAGACCCUGAGCCAGAAGCCACUCCCUAAUUCCUGAUGCAGAGAAGCUGGCUGUACGCUCCAGGCCUCAAUGAGGAGCCCAAACAUGGAGACGUUCAAGCAGGAGAAGGUGGAGGACUUUUAUGACAUCGGGGAGGAGCUGGGGAGUGGCCAAUUCGCCAUCGUGAAGAAAUGCCGAGAGAAGAGCACGGGGCUGGAGUAUGCAGCCAAGUUCAUCAAGAAGCGGCAGAGACAGGCCAGCCGGCGGGGUGUGUGCCGGGAGGAGAUCGAGCGGGAGGUGAGCAUCCUGCGGCAGGUGCUGCAUCCCAACGUCAUCACGCUGCACGACGUCUUCGAGAACCGCACUGACGUGGUGCUCAUCCUCGAGCUAGUGUCCGGAGGAGAGCUCUUCGACUUCCUGGCCCAGAAGGAGUCCCUGAGUGAGGAGGAGGCCACCAGCUUCAUUAAGCAGAUCCUGGAAGGGGUGAACUACCUUCAUGCCAAGAAAAUUGCUCACUUUGAUCUCAAGCCAGAAAACAUUAUGUUGUUGGACAAGAAUAUUCCCAUUCCACACAUCAAGCUGAUUGACUUUGGCCUGGCUCAUGAAAUAGAAGAUGGAGUUGAAUUUAAGAACAUUUUUGGGACGCCAGAAUUUGUUGCUCCAGAAAUUGUGAACUAUGAGCCCCUGGGCCUGGAGGCUGACAUGUGGAGCAUCGGCGUCAUCACCUACAUCCUCCUCAGUGGAGCAUCCCCUUUUCUGGGAGACACAAAGCAGGAAACACUGGCAAAUAUCACAGCAGUGAGUUACAACUUUGAUGAGGAGUUCUUCAGCCAGACCAGCGAGCUGGCCAAGGACUUCAUUCGGAAGCUUCUGGUUAAAGAGACCCGGAAACGGCUCACGAUCCAAGAGGCUCUCAGGCAUCCCUGGAUCACGCCUGUGGACAACCAGCAAGCCCUGGUGCGCAGGGAGUCCCUGGUCAACCUGGAGAACUUCAAGAAGCAGUAUGUCCGCAGGCGGUGGAAGCUCUCCUUCAGCAUUGUCUCCUUGUGUAACCACCUCACCCGCUCCCUGAUGAAGAAGGUGCAGCUCAGGCAGAAUGAGGACCUGAGGAAUUGUGAGAGUGACACAGAGGAGGACAUCGCCAAAAGGAAAGCCCUCCACCCCCGGAGGAGGAGCAGUACCUCCUAACUGGCCAGGCUCAAGGUGGCCAGGCCCCGCAGGGCUCCUUUCUAUGCAGACUCUUGGACCCCGCUUGUCGCCAGCACCCAGGCAUUCUGCAUCCCUGAGCACUUUGCAAGAGAGAUGGGCAUGCAGGAUUCAGAAGCAUUUGCAGGGGAGCCAGGAGACCCUGGGAGCUGUGGCUGUCACCUCCUGGGAAUGCAGGAGACUCCAGCACUCCCAAAGCUCUUAAUUCUCCACAAAAUGGGCUUUCACCUGCUGCCAACCUCAGAACCUGGGAUGGGGAUGUGGACCUAAGAAAAUUAUGCAAAUGACCAUCAUCAUCAUGGGUGAAGGUCAGAUUCAGGCAGCUUUCCUCACAGGAUGAGGGAGUUCAGAACCAGCCUGGUCAAAACUGACACCAGGAAGCAGAGGCCUCCCCCAUGGGAACAAGAUAAGAAGUGAAAUGAAUCUUGGGGUGUGAGGGACCAAUCCUGUGACCUCCCAGAACCCACAUGGAGUCCACGUGUCAUGCUGGCCAACAUAUCAAACCUUCUAAAGCAGCCCAUUUUCAGCCCACUGUGUUGUAAUUUUUUUCAUUUUUAUUAAACUUCUGGUUUACCUGAUGCUCGGCUUCUUUUAGGACUCUCCCGAUCUGAUUUUCUUUAGCUCAGGUGCCUAUGACUGUCGGGGAGCAGCUGGGGUGCUGAGUGGAAAGCACCUCCGAAGGUCAUACUGAACCACCCCCUCUGGACUGCAGGGUGCCUACCUUCUACAUCCUUCCCUAAAGGAGUGCAGCCCAAGAAAAUCAGCCCAGGUACCAGCAUAUAAUGCCUGUGCUCCCUCCGCUACGACGACAGUCACCCCUGCUGGUGUGGACUGAGUUGUGUCUCCCAACCUCUGGUACCACUGAGUAUUUGGAGACAGGUCUUUAAAGAGGUAAUUAAGGUAAAAUGAGGUCACUGAGGUAGACCCUAAUCCAAUAUGGCUGGUGUCCUUAUAAGAAGAGAAAUCAGGACAUACAGGACCAUAUGAAGAGACAGUGAGAAAGCGACCACCUACAAGCUAAAGAGAGAGGCCUCAGAAGAAGCCAACCCUGCCAAGACUCAAUCUCAGAUCUCUGGCCUCCAGAACUAUGAGAAAAUAAAUUUCUGUUGUUUAAGCCA